AUGGAACAGAAAAUCAGAAGUCUAAUCUCUUCACUUCCUUCAGAUGCAGACUUUCAAGGGGCGAAGAUCUACAACUACCAAGGAUGUUGGUAUCGAAACUUUGCUCUCCAAGCAGUUAUCGAUUUCCAGAGAAACUUUAAGCCCACCGACACCGACAUAAUACUCGCUUCAUACCCUAAGUCUGGCACAACUUGGGCCAAGGCCCUCACAGUCGCGCUUCUUGAGAGGUCAGUGGGUGGUUCUUGUAACAACCAUCCUUUGGCCUCUGGAAGCCCUCACAUGCUUGUACCUUUCUUCGAACUUGAUCUGUAUCGCAAAAGCCCAGAACCGGACCUAACCAAGUUUCCGUCAUCUCCCAGGGUGUUCUCGACUCACAUGCCGUUGCAUACUUUGCGGCAGCCGCUCAUGAACGCUCCUUGCAAAAUCGUGUACAUGUGCAGGAACGUAAAAGAUGUAUUAGUGUCACGUUGGCAUUUUUAUGCAAAAAUGGCGAAAAAGGAAGUUGAAAGAAGUGAUCUCGAGUCUAUGGUCGAGUCUUUCUGUAGAGGAGUUCACUAUUUUGGACCUUUUUGGGACAGUGUUUUGAGCUAUUGGAGAGGCAGUUUAGAAGACCCGGAACAUGUUCUUUUCAUGAAGUAUGAGGAUCUGAAAGCUGAGCCUUGCGCCCAGGUUAUGAGACUUGCAGAGUUCUUGGGCUGUCCUUUUAGUCAAGAAGAGAAACGUGGUGGGUCUGUUGAGAAGAUCUUGGAGUUGUGCUCUUUUGGCAAUUUGAGCAGUUUCGACGUCAACCACACCGGAACGCACAAUAUCUUUUUCCGCAAAGGCGAAGUUGAUGACUGGAAGAAUCAUCUCACUACCGAAAUGCAGAAGAAAAUUGACAUGGUCAUCCAAGAGAAGUUCCAAGGUUCAGGGUUGGAGUUCUGAGUUAUAUUAUAUGCUUUGUGAUGUUGAUUGUACUUUCUUUGUUAUGUUCUGUUGAUGUUGUUUGGUUAUUUCAUUAUGUUCCUUUGAUGUUGUUGGGUUCAUUUAAUAACAUUGAGCUAUUUUCAGUCAA